GUUGUUCUUUUUGCUUCUCCGUUAAAUUUGAUAAAUUUGGAAUGCUUUUAUGCAGGAUCAAGUUGUUUUCUAAAGAUCAUUGUAUCUGAUUCGAGAGAAAUUAAUUUUGAAAUAAUCAAGACAACUUAACGACAUUGAUCACGUUGGAUAUGUUCGUCGUUUUUCUGACAUCGUUGGCCUAAAUCUACUUGGGUGCAGAGCAAACAUUAUCUGGUUGAAACUUGACGGAAAAUGCCGAUCAAAAGAGUGCCGGUCAUCCAUCGAUUUGGAAUUGUUUCGCAUAGUAAACGACUUGAGCUUCAUGAAAGGUUGGCGAAAAAAGUGAUCGAGGAAGAAGGGAAACUUAGGCCUAAAACUUCCCCUCAAAGGAAAAAUGAAUUUGCAAUUGAUGAAGAAUUUGUCACGCAGUACAAUGAAGCAGAAAAUGGUUCAGAAGGGAAGGAUGAACUCCAUAAAAGAGCUGAGAAGAUUUUCAACAGAGCAAAGAGAAAAGCUGGAUUACGAGAGAAUGGAAUUGGGAGCCAUGUUUCAUUAAACCAGGCAUGGAGAGAUUUGUCUCUGCUGGCACAAUGCAACACAAGACCACUGCAAGAGGGUGCACUUGGAUCUCUUUACAAGUCACUUACGUUUUCUCCAAUUUCAAGAAGCCAUGUUGAAAGCCUUCUUGAGCUUGCGCAUGCGUCGAUUCAUUGGCUGACUGAAAGCAAUGCAGAUCAACCAUAUCUAAGAACUGGAGAAGUUUGGCUGCUAAAGGUGGCUCACUUGGUAUUUCUACGAUUAUAUUAUCAUCAUUUGGCUGGUGAUAUCGUGGGUCUGCACGAAGAAAGGAUGGCCCUUACUGACAUAGUGGAAGCCUUUGAGCACCAGCAAGACAAUUAUCGUCCGUUUCCUUCGUCUUUGCUUCUUGUUCGAAUCAUCAUUCAAAUCAGCCAGCGUUUAAAGAGCGGCUUAGAUGAAGAGCUGAAAGUAAUCGUUGAAAAAGAAAUAGGACACAUGAUGCAAAAGUCAACAUAUUUUGAUCCAAUGGAACUGACAGGCACAAGAGAGGUCACAGGUCAAUUUGAAAUGAACAGCCUCAGGGAAUCACCCCAGCUUAGCGAUGCUGGUUUUUCAGAUCAUUCGAUAUUUCAUGACGUCACGAAAAAGAAAUCAGAAGAGAGGCUACUGCCGUCGAUUCCCGCCAUCCAUGACACGUCACCAACCCUUUGGCACGCGUUGGACUCAUGGCGCAUUUUAACGCACACGAACCAAAACAUGGAUGGAGCUACAAACGAGUUGGUUUCAUGCAGCACUGAUCUUGCCAUCGAGCCUUUCCUGGAUGCAGUAAUGGCGAUCCAUGUUCUUGCCGAAAUCUGCAAGUUAAAUCAUCAGACAUUGGAGGCGCUGCAGUUCAUCGCAAGGCGUGAUGUUCUCAGUUUCAAUGAAGAAAACGCGGAACAAAAACCUAAAGGACUUUUCACAACACAUGGCUCAACUGGUUUGUCCACGCGGAAUCUUGCCGAUUCUCUAGAUGUUGGUGAAAUGAACUUUUUGAGUGACUUUAAUGUUCUGGGUAAAGAAAUGGAAACAGAACGAAAAGAAACUUCAACCCCUGUACCGAAUUUUCUCGAACAAUUGGAUGCAUUCCUGGAUCCUAAGCCGUUGGGAAACGACAAAACUAUUGGGCGAAAAAAGGAAAAAAAUAAACGAGAAAGUUGUAGCCGUGAUGAAUUUAUGGUUGCGCAUGAUUCCUCUGCAAGAAAAGAUGUGAAAACAAAAGUAGAUGAAUGCAGGGAAUCAAAGGUUAAAGGUCAAACGUUACUCUCAACUGAAUUAGCAGAUAUACCAGAUGUCAAAGGUGAAAAUGUCACCAAAACAUUAGAUGAUCAAUUCAUAGAUGACGAUAUUUCUGAACAAGGUUCGUAUCCCGGCAACAGCUCCUCAUCAGGGGGAAGUCUAGCUGAUUUGAGCAGUCUUGCAAGCGACCAGCCUCACAUUGAGAAGAGAGCAAAAACCAGUAGGAGGCGAAUAAGGCGAAAAGCAAGAGAAGAUAGGAGUGAACAGUUUUCGUCGGAUGAAAACGAGGGCGAUUUUCACGAAUACGAGGCGGAACAGUUUUCUUAUAGAAAUAGAAAUCUGAAUAGAGAGAGUUCCCUUUCGAUUGAGAUGGCCAACGAGAGAAUUGAUCGAAGCUUUAGCUUCUCUGGUCACACAAUAACGAGGCCAAACUCACAUACGAACGCGUCCAUAACAAGAUGGCCCUGGGAACUCAUAGUUUCUUACGUCAGAGGUAUGGGAGAGAUAUGUAUCCAUGGAAACAAGUCUCUGAUUCAAAGAGACGCUUUAAUGGGUUGUCGUGGCAAUGAGGCUGGAUUGUUGCAGCUUCUGAAAUUUCAACUACCCGUUGAAGAAGAUUCAAAUGCCGACUGGUCAUGGCGAGUCCGUCAUGUAACUGUGCACGAACUGAUGAGGGUUUGCCAAUUACCACGUGACCAGCCUCUGAAAGAUGGCCUAAGGAACGCAGCGUGGGCAGCCUUGCUAUCCCAUCAUUCACUGGAAAGAGACAGACGAGUUCUCGAAGCCUACAAAAUCGCUCGGACCGAAGUCAACCUUGACGUCAUAGAAGACAUCAGGACCCAGGCUCCUUCGAAUUUCAGCAACUCAGUCUUUUCACGAAUAUCAACAAACCUGGCAAUAAUUCAUUUAAACCAUUUGGAAUCUGACUCGCCUGUCAAAGACGAAGGAACCCCAAGAGCACAAAUGAAAUCGUCCCUUAAAAACAAGGGUCAGUUUAUGGGACAAUCACCUCAAAGGUCUACAGGGUCAAUGGGGUCAAAGGCCAGUCCAGAUGCAGCACGAGUCUCGCUGAGGAACGAGAUAAUGAUCGCAUCAACACUUGAGCGCAGACUGCCACCAUUUGGACGACGGUGUUGGAAAGACGUGCAGAGCGUUGUGGAGGACCAAUGGAGGAAAGAACUUGUUGAGGAAUAUGAAAGAAUUGACAAACGGAAACAGAAAAACAUGGAUGAAAUGGUGGCAGAAAUGCGGGAAUCGCUGACUUUAGAAUCUUUAAAAGAGCGAGUUUAGUUUAAUGUCUUUUAAAAGAAUUAUUUUUUUAUAAAAUGUAAAUUCAUGAUCUUACCUUUGUUUGUUGGUAAUAUCAGGUUCUUUUUCUCACGUGUAAAUGUUAAUUUGUUCCUUGCUUUCUUGGACACAGGCCUAGUUGUACUGCUAAGGGUGAAAUUAAAAAUAAUAUGUAU